CUUAUACUUGACGGUAUGCAGCUCGUGAUUUGUGCCAGUAAUUUUACCCUUUCUAAGUCUACAUUAAUUAAGUGGGCUGAAUUACUUUUAGUACGGCUUAAGUUGACUUAAUUAAUAUUAUGGCUUAAAUGAGUUUUGGCUUACUUUGUAGGUAUCAUAAUUCAUUGUAUGUUCUUAGCAUGUCAUAUUAGCAUAUUACACCCAGCCCUGACUAUUGAGCCGUAGCUCACAUUAACCCAGCCCUGGUUAUCAGACAGCAGCUGUGGGAACUGUUUACAUACAAAUAAGAACCAAAACAUUAAAAACAUGGAUUUUAAUGUGCAUAAAAUUUGUAGAGUGUGUCUUGAAGAAGGUGCACCAAGUCCACUGACUUCCAUUUACAGCACAGACUUUGCGAUGAUGCCCUCGCAAAUGUUAAUGAUGUGCUCUAAGAUUCGCGUAUAUAAGACUGACGGCCUACCGGCGGGUAUUUGCAAUAACUGUCUCUAUCGGUUGGGAGUAGCCUACCACUUUCAGCAGGAGUGCGAGAAUAGCGACUUACGUCUGCGCCAAUAUUUGGGGCUGCAUGAAUCCUUUCGCCAUGAUGCGGCGACAAACACGGAAAAUGUGAUAAAACCAAUGCCUGCUCAUGUGCAGUUGAAUUCCAGUGAUGAGGAUGACGGUCAGACUGAUAUAAAGCGCAGCAAACGGCGCUCACGCUACCAGCGCAAGCCACCCGAAAGCCACAAAAAGCGUGGACCCAAACCAGUGGCCAAGCUACCACACACCUGCUACGUGGCUACUUGUCAUAAGAGCUUCAAGUGUGCUGCUCAGCUCACACAGCACAUACGCACACAUACCGGCGAGAAGCCAUAUGCGUGCAGCUAUUGUGCCCAGCGCUUUGCUCAGAAGUACAAUCUCAAAGUUCACGAAAGAACCCACACGGGGAAUAAGCCAUUUCAAUGUGAAAUCUGUUCGAAGCAAUUCUCAGCGCUGGGCAACUUUCAGGCGCAUCAGAAGAUUCACAGUGGCGUUAGGGAUCAGAUCUGCUCGUUGUGCCAGAAAGCCUUCUAUACGGCUGGGGAUCUGUCGAAGCACAUGAUAACGCAUACUGGCAUCAAAAAUCAUCAUUGCGAUGUGUGUGGCAAGUCUUUCAGCAGACGCCGCGACAUGCGUGCCCACAAGCUCAAGUUGCAUCCACUCGAAUCGAGUACGGAGCAUGAUAUUGUGGACGAUGAUGAUGAUGAGCCCAUCGAUACGGAUCCUGUGGGCUUGGAUACCUUAGAGCAUUCGCAUUUCAAGUGUCCAGAUUGUGAUAAAGCUUACGAUUCGGCUGAUAGCUUAAGUCUGCAUUUCCGCACCCAUGCGGUUAAUAAUAAUUUAUUAAAUUUGCCACUGCCGGCACCACCGCCCAUGUCACAUCACUACCACCACCAUCAUCCUGCUGCUGCACCACCAUCCAGUGCAGCCAUGCAUCAUCACGAUGCACUGCAACUUCAUCAUUUAGCGCCACCGAAUGCAGCCACCCAAAUGGGUAUGGCAGCCAUGGCACAUAUGUUGGCGCCACCACCACCGCCGCCGCCCACGCCUAGCGAUGGGCGCUACACUAUGUUACACCACACAGCGGCGCAACGACUGCACUACUAGAAAUUCCUAAUAAACUUUGAGAGACUUAACUAAAGAUUAAAAUCGUUUUUAGUGGGUGGAUGAUUGAUCCUUAUCCCAUAGAGACUGACAAAGGUAGAUUGACUCCGCUGCUGAUGUGGAUCAAUCUAGUUUGAUCCUGAUUAAUAUAUAUGUACUUCAUAAGCAUAAACACUCCACCACCUGGAUGUUAAUAUAUCUUUAGAAAAACAUAAUCUCGCUCAAUAUAUCCAUCAGCAAUAAUUACAGGGUAUGUAU